AUUUUGUUUCUCCUCAUUGUGUCGACACUGCUGGGGAACAUGCUCGUGUGCGCUGCGGUAGUUAAAUUCAGGCACCUCCGGUCCAAGGUAACCAACUUUUUCGUGAUUUCUCUGGCGGUGUCUGACCUCUUCGUUGCCGUCCUCGUGAUGCCAUGGGAGGCAAUAUCUGAGGUGACUGGCACCUGGCUGUUUGGUAGAUUUUGUGGCAUCUGGAUAGCUUUUGACAUAAUGUGCUCGACGGCAUCUAUUCUUAAUCUGUGUAUCAUAAGCGUGGACAGAUACUGGGCUAUAGCUAGUCCUUUUAGAUAUGAACGGAAAAUGACCCACAGAGUUGCAUUUAUCAUGAUUGGAGUGGCGUGGACGCUGUCAAUUCUCAUCUCCUUCAUACCUGUCCAACUGAACUGGCACAUGGCCGACGAGGAGACGUCAGCGGGAUACUUUAGCAACCACUCUGAGAAUUGCAUAGCAAACUUGAACAAGACCUAUGCUAUUUCCUCAUCACUGAUCAGUUUCUAUAUCCCAGUGGUCAUCAUGGUUGCCACUUACACGAGGAUUUACCGUAUUGCGCAAACGCAGAUACGGAGGAUAUCCUCCUUGGAGAGAGCCGCGGAGCAAGCGCAAAAUAACCAACACCCAAACGUUUGCGCGCACGAAAACGCAUUAAAAACCGCUUUUAAAAAGGAAACAAAAGUGCUAAAGACCCUCUCCAUUAUCAUGGGAGUUUUUGUGUUUUGCUGGCUGCCUUUUUUUGUCCUAAACUGCAUGGUACCUUUCUGUGACCCUCCGUGUGUAAGCGACACCACGUUUACAAUUUUCGUUUGGUUUGGUUGGGCCAACUCUUCGUUAAACCCUGUCAUUUACGCAUUUAACGCGGAUUUCAGAAAAGCCUUUACAACUAUUCUGGGCUGCAAUAAAAUUUGCUCAAGCAAUACAGUGGAGGCUGUUAAUUUCAGCAAUAAUUGGUAUCCUAUCACCACGACACAACGCUCCAAAAAGACGCACAAGUCUUGAUGGCCACACAGCAUCCUCACGCAAUCGCGAACGUGGGAGAGGACACAACCCCACUGUCCGACAAAGUUUCUCUUAUCUCAAACGCA